AUGGGCCAAAAACUUCUUUUAAUCAUCGGUUUAUUUGCUCUUGCACACGCCGGUUAUUCAGCUGCACAACAUCGUGUAUACGUUCGUCUAACUGAACAACAAUUUGAACGUUUACCAGCUGAUAUUAUUGUUCAAACAUUAAUUGCAUUUCUUGCUUGUUGUAUUGGUACAGUACAAUUAUUUGGUAAAUUCAAACCAAUACUUAUAACAGCUGAAUGGCAAAAUAAAACUUGGGAUACAAUUGGAAAUCGUCCAUCAUUUAUGACAUUUAAUCAUCGUGUUUGUGUUGAUAGCUUUGAAUCAGCUUUAGCUGCUGUUCAGGGUGGUGCUCAACGUAUUGAAUUAUGUAGUUCACUUGAUCAAGGUGGUUUAACACCAUCACUUGGUUUAUUAACAUUAAUUCGUCGACAUUUACCAUCAGAAUUAAUUAUAUUUGUUAUGAUUCGUUGUCGUUCAGGAGAUUUUGUUUAUGAUAAUAAUGAAAUAAAUGUUAUGAAAGAAGAAAUUCGUUCAUUUAUACAAUCAAAUCAACGUAUCGAUGGUUUUGUAUUAGGUUUACUUAAUCCUGAUGGUACAAUUGAUAUUGAAAAUUUAAAAAGUUUAAUUGAACAAAUUCCAAAAGAUUAUUCAUUAACAUUUCAUCGUGCAUUUGAUUUUCUUGCUAAAUGGCAAAAAAGUAUUGAUCAAUUAAUUGAACUUGGUUUUCAUCGUAUUUUAACUAGUGGACAAGAAACAACUGCAUAUUAUGGAAGAAAAUCUAUACGUCAAAUGAUUAAUUAUGCCGAUAAUCGUAUUAUUAUCUUGCCUGGUUGUGGUAUAAAUGUAACUAAUCUUGAAUCAGUUUUACGUGAAACAGGUGCAAAAGAAUUUCAUUCAUCAGCACGUAUACGUAAACCAUCAAAAAUGAUUUAUAAAAAUUUUCAAAAGAGAAUUUCUUUAAAUGGACAAGCUAAUGAUGAUGAAGAUAAUUCAAUUCAAGUUACAGAUAGAGAAAAAAAACAAAGAGGCUCAUUUGCAUAUUAUCAUAGUGAUUCAAUCGAAGAACCACCAGAUGAACCCGUAUAUGAAGAACAACGACUUUCAUCAUAUGAGGCAACAAAGAUUUUGCGAACACAUGAAGCUAGUAUUGAUCUCGAAGCAAAUUGUCCUGUAAAAUAUUAUGAAGUGAAUUAUCUUGGCGCUAAUAAUCCGCCGGAGGAUCGACAAGCUCAAGCUCGUAUACGUUCUAUUGAUUCGUACAUGUAUCUUUUCGGUGUUUUUGAUGGUCAUGGUGGUCCUUGGUGUUCGGAUGCUGUUGGGCAAUCUCUUUUCGAAUAUAUUGCUGUUUCAUUACAUUCACCGGAUGAAUUAGAACCUAUACUACGCAAAGGUAAAACUAUGACAAAUAGCAAUAAAAAUUCUAGUCAAAAUUCACGCAAUAUUUCAUCAUUACUUCUACGUUCAUAUUAUAAUGCAUAUAAAGAUGCACGCAAUUCAAAAACAAAAGAAGUUCAUCAAAAUAAUUUAUUAAAACAUAUUGAAGAAGUCUAUACAUCAUUCGAUAAUGAUAAUACGGAUAUAAUGAGUGCAUUAGAAAGUGCAUUCAUUAAAUUAGAUCGAGAUAUAUGUACUGAAGCAAUACCAAAUGCGGCAGAAGAAAUGAAUGAAGAUUUAUUACAUAUAAGUACUGCUGGUUCAUGUGCAUGUGUUGCAUUAGUUAAAGAUGCUGAUCUUUAUAUCGCUAAUUGUGGUGAUGCACGAGCAAUUCUUGGUACAAUUGAUGAUAAUGGUAAUCCAUCUGUUGUAUCGCUUUCGAUUGAUCAUAAUGUACGUAAUGAAAAUGAAGUUAAACGUAUUUUAUCUGAACAUCCAUCAAAUGAAUCACAUUCAGUAAUUCGUAGUGAUCGUUUACUUGGUUUAUUAAUGCCAUUUCGUGCAUUUGGUGAUAUACGUUUAAAGUGGCCAAUAAAUUCUCUUCGAGAAUAUUUACAACCUUAUUAUAAAAAAGGAGAUGCUAUACCACAAUUUUAUUUUACACCGCCUUAUUUAACUGCACGACCUGAAAUUACCAAACAUAAAUUAACUAAAAAAGAUAAAUUUCUUGUUUUAGCAACUGACGGCCUUUGGGAUUUAUUAUCACCAGAAAAAGUUGUUGAACUUAUAUUUAAUCAUCAGAAAGGUAUACAAAGUUUUGAUCGUUUUAUAUUAAAUAAAACUGGAACGAAGAAAUCAUCAUUAAAAUUAAAAGAAAUAAGUGAAUUAUUAACUGCACGACAACAGGCAAUCAAAAAUCAACCAAUAGAUCAAAAUUCUGCAACUGAUUUAAUUCGUCAUGCACUUGCGUUUACAUCUAAAGGACAAUUUGAUAGUAAACUCUUAUCGGAUGUAUUAACAUUUCCUAAUCCACGCUCAAUUCGUGAUGAUAUUACAGUAACAAUUGUUUAUUUCGAUCAAGAUUAUAUUGAUCAAAUUGAUACAAAAGAAAAACAAACUGGAAAAUAA